AUGGAGACAAGCAGCCUGCCCUGGGAUCGACGGUCAUCCGUUUCCACUGCUCAAACCCUACCUCCGUUGGCAAACAUCACGGGCAAGCCAUCGUCUGCAAACAGUCACUCACCUUCCCUCAGCCAGCAGUCUGGAGACCUUCGAGAUUCCGGCAACUGGUCGAUGGCCUCAACGAGAGUCAGCAAUAUUUCCGAAUCAUUUUCACCACAAUUGACACUCCCUCCAAUUGAUGCCCAUGGCCCCUCGCGUCAACAUUCACAGGAGAAUAAUGGCGCUCCUUCAUUCAGUUACAACCACUCCCCGACCGGUAGCACCUUUACCGCCUCAAACACUAGUUUGCACCACACAACUCCCCCCGGUACAAUGUCGCAAGAUGGGGCACUCCCUACACCUUCGCCGUCUGCGUCGCGACGAAGUAGCUUCGAUAGUCGACUAAGCAAUCUUCAGCUUUCGUCUCCAAUAAGCGGUACACCUGCAGCUAGCCAGGUCAGUUUGGCCAGUACUUUACAGCGCGAAAGAGGAAUUCAAAGUAAUUCCCCGGCACCGCACAGGAUGGAUAAUGGGCCUUCAGAUGGCACAAAUGGAGUUCCCUACAGCAAUCCCUACAACAGAUACAGUGUAGUUAGCAACAGCGAUUCGAUUAAUGGAUAUAAUGGAAACUCACCAAAGACUGGUGGUGUAGCUCGAACUGCUCCUCCAAUCGGCGCAUCAAGGUUUUCUUACAACCAAGGCCAAGUCCCUCACCCAAACGCUCCAUCGCCAACAAAGGGUUUCCCAUAUGCUUUCCCCGAUCCUGACCUUGCGCCACCAGGCCGAACUACAAGUCGUGAGGGGAUUGCCCCGGGAAGGAUCAGUACUGGAAGUUUGCCUGGUUCUGCGGCGAGUAGCAUCUAUAGCUCAAACUCAUUACGUCCUGGCCAUCAUUCCCAUAUGAGUACGGACAAUAGCUCCACAGCUAUCACAUAUUCCAACAACCAAUAUCAGGCAGGUAUGAAUGGCAACCAUCACCACCACCAUCAUCUUCAGCAAGAUCGGAAAUCAAGCCUGGGUCCAAGUGAGGCUGGCUCCUUGACUGCUACGCCAUAUUCAAGGACGCCCGAAUUGAGGGUUAGCCAUAAGUUGGCGGAACGGAAGCGAAGAAAGGAAAUGAAAGACUUGUUUGACGAAUUGCGGGAUCAGUUGCCUGCAGAAAGGGGUGGGAAAAGUAGCAAAUGGGAGGUUCUAACAAAAGCGAUUGAAUAUAUCAAUCAAUUAAAGCAAAACCAGGAUAAUAUGGGUCGCACCAUUGAGCAGCUCCAGCACGAAGUUGAAACACUCCGAAAUGAAAACCACAUGCGCCUCGAAAUGCAGGAGAACCUUCGGAUUGAAUCGGCCCAAAAUUUUCAUCACCCAUCACAGCCCAAUGCGUACCAUCCGCAAACUCACCAUGCAGCACACAAUAGCGUCAGUAAUGGACCAGGGCGGAUGCAAGGCAUUGAACGAUGCUAA